AGAGAACACGCCCUAUGCGCCGCCAUUGGGCCUGCGCGCGCCCCGCCCUGUGACCCGGAAGCGCUCCCUGGCCCGUUGCCAUGGCGGUGUUCCAUUCGGCCGCGCUCGUCGCCCUGUCUCUGGCCAACUUUGUUUUCGUUUCGUGGAGCGCGGCCGAGUUCGUGGCGUUUGUUUCCCUUCGGCAGAUUUACCGGGAGAGCAGGAGGCCUGCAGCAGCAGCAGCGACAGAGCCCAAGGCGGAUGCACAAGAACACGUGGAAUGGCAUUCUGUCUUUAGAGACAGGCAAAUCCAGCAGGCUCUCCUCUUCAACCUGGCACUACUCGCAUUCUUCAUCCUGCAGCACAGCAUUAUGGCGAUGGAGACAGUGAGGAGAUGGACGCUAACUUGCUUUGGGGUCCUUCAGCGAUCCGUCUAUGUGUUCUGCACGGCAGCCUGUCUCCAGCUGCUGAUGCACUACUGGCAGCCCACCCACGCUGCCCCCUUGCUAUGGAACGUGUCCAGGGAACCCUGGGUUACCUGGUUUCCAUUGGUCUGUUUCAUUGUUCACGUCAUUGCCUGGCUGAUCAUCUUCAGUAUUGUCCUCAUCUUUGACUACGCUGAACUCAUGGGUCUCAAGCAGGUUUAUUAUUGCUGUCUCGCUCUUGGAGACCCCAUGGAACUGAAAUCGCAGAAGGCCCAGCGUUUGUAUUGCCACCUGCGGCACCCGGUCUUCCUGGAGUUCCUGGUCAUCCUGUGGUUGCUGCCCAGCUUGUCCCUCGACCGCCUGCUGCUGUCCAUCACCUUCACCCUGUACAUGAUCUGUGGCCACAGCCUGGACCAGCACGACUAUCGCUACCUCCGCUCGCAGCUCAACAAGAAGUUUGAGAUCUUCUCCCGGGAGGAGAGCACUCACAACCACCCGGCAGCUCACGACAGCCUCGGAGGACCGGUCGAGUACCAGGAGUAGCCUGCAAGCCUUGGGAGGGGGGAGGUGACACCUGCGCAUCUGGAAGCAUUCCCUGCUUUACCUCUGCGCUGUGACUCCUAAACUGCACAAGGCCUUGGUGAUCUUUAUCUUUGGCAGCAGAUAAGUGCGUGCUUUUUUUUAGAAAGCACUUUCGGGUUUGCAUGGUAGUCAGCCUUGGAGUCUUUCCUUCUCUGCUGGCACCUAGCAUCCCAUCACACUCAGGUAUCUCGCAGGUCAGAUGUGCAGUGAAGCUCCAUUUAUCCUGCCUCAACAGUGUGCCUUCGCUUCCAACCUCAGAAAACCACCUCUUCUCCACCCC